CCUUCAGAGCCUCGCGCCGCGUCGGGCAGGGGUAGGAUGGGGACGCGGAUCCUCCGCCUCGUCGGGCCCGCGCUGCUACUGCUGCUGCUGCUGCUGCUGCAGCCGCCUGUCGGCGCCGCGGGGUUCGCGCAGUCCCUGGACGGAGACUUCACGUUCACGCUGCCGGCCGGCCGCACCGAGUGCUUCUUCCAGCCCAUGCGCGCGGGCGCCUCGCUGGAGAUCGAGUACCAGGUUCUGGAUGGAGCAGGAUUAGAUGUUGAUUUUCACUUACAAUCUCCAAAAGGUGUCACCCUCAUUUUUGAUCAGAGAAAAUCUGAUGGAGUGCAUACCGUAGAAGCAGAAGAUGGAGAUUACAUGUUCUGCUUUGACAACACGUUCAGUACCAUUUCAGAGAAGGUGAUUUUCUUUGAACUGAUCCUAGAUAAUGUGGGGGAAGAAGGACAAGACCAAGAAGACUGGAAAAAGUACAUUACAGGCACAGAUCUGCUAGAUAUGAAACUGGAAGAUAUUCUGGAAUCCAUCAACAGCGUCAAGGCAAGGUUAAGCAGAAGUGUCCAGAUUCAGAACCUACUCAAAGCAUUUGAAGCUCGCGAUCGCAAUAUACAAGAAAGCAACUUUGACAGAGUGAAUUUCUGGUCCAUGGUCAACUUGGGAGUUAUGGUGGUGGUGUCAGCUGUUCAGGUUUACAUGCUGAAAAGUCUUUUUGAAGAUAAGAGAAAAAGUAGAACUUAGUAUCUACCAUCCAUGUUCAUAAUACACGGAGUGAGGAAAACACAGUAAACCGCUACAGAAAAAUGAAUCUUACCUCCAUCUUGUUUUGAAAAGGCACUAUACUUAACAUACAGGUUCUUCAUUUACAUGCAACUUUUUUAACAUGAACAAAAUGCCUUUUCUACAACCCUUCUAUCUCUGCAAGUGCUACUAACAACAGCAAGAUUUUAAGCUGGUUGCAUUUAUCAAUAACUUUUUACUAGGUUAUGCAUAAUACACAGGAUGUUGGAAAAAAUGCAAAGUAAUGUUGAUACCUGCUAUAUAAUCAUAUUUCCAUAAUCAUUUGAAAAAUCUUUCUAUGCCAGCAUCAAUACUAAUAGGGCGGGGGUUGCUUUUUUUUUUAAUAUCUGAAUUGAGUGAAGUUACACAUGUGCCUAACCAUUUGCAGGUUUGGUGUGCAAAUUAGUAACCUAUAAUUAUUGUCAGUUGACUUCAAGGAUGUAAAUGUGUAAAUUUUCUUCCAGCUAUUGAAGAGGAGUGUUCUUACUGUACAACUUAAUGCAGAAACACUGGGCUGACGCUUGCAAAAUAGUUGAUUUUUUUUCUCUCACUUUUGUAUACAAAUGACUGACAUCAGCACUUUAAAGAAACAUGGUCAAUGUGAAAUCUAUUUUUUUUAACUAAUUAAAAGUAGUUCAUAGCCACAAAGCUUGCCGCCUUAGUCUUUUUGUCAGUUUUUGUGGUUUUUACAAUCCAGUUUUUCUGGGGUUUUUGUUAUUGUUGCUGUAUCAAAAAUCUAUACAAGCAAGUGAAACUGACUACCUGAAGUACAGUCAGAUGCACCAAAUAAGCCAAUUGAAAUGCAGCAUAUAAUUUUAGUUAUUGUAAUUGUAACUGUACUUUUAAUAACUAACUUGAACCAAAAGUAUGGUUUCUCAGGCAACUCUGUUCCUUCAAUAGUGCUUAAGGGUAAAAUUCUUUGGAAAUGUUACCUUGACAUUAAAUGUUUAUAUGCUUUUAAAAUCUGUUUUUGUUGUUUUUUUAUUUACUGGUUUUGCUAAGACUCGCUAAAAGGUUAAGCAAAGUAAUGCUGCAAUGAAUAGGGUAGCAAAUCACAAAUGUCAAAACUCAAGUACAGUAAAAUCCUUUCUUACUCCCUAUAAGCAGAAACAGCAAAUCUUUAGUUGUGUAUCUAUUCUUAUAGCCUACUCAUAUGUGUAGGCUGUUUGCAUUGACAAAGUCAUCUGAAAGUAGCCAACAAGAUUCAGGUCUACAUUUUGGGAUUAAGUUAGCAUAAAUUAAGAAAUACUUGGUCAUCUCUCAAUAACUAUGCAAAUGGUUUGCAAAGAUAGAAUUUUCUGAUGCUCAGGGAAUAGAAAAUAGAAGUCUCAGAUGUGUAUGUUUUCUGUCAUAAUAUAAGAUUGAGUUUAUUUUCUUUAAAAAAAAUGUAAAAAAGGAAGUUUAAUUUUUUUUUAAUCAAAACAAUACUAUGUCUGCAUGACAUCUAUGAGCUAGCUCAAGAAAUACAAUAGUGUGGACACAUCAUUUCAGCAGUGCUGUGCUUUGCUUCAUGUAAAAAAAAUUUUUUUGAAGAAAAAAUAAGGCAUACCCUGUAGUACUCCAGUGCGCACAGAACCAUUUUCUUACUGAUCCCCUUUUUUGUGAAGCUGUGACAGAUAAAUCUAGUGUUAAGCUACUGUGUUCUAGUUCUCAACUGAGUUAGUUGAUAGAAAAAGCUUUCCUAUUAUCAUGUAGUCACCAUGACAAUAUCUUGGUCUCAUUCACAAAAUUCAGCAUGUGUUUCGUUAUUUAAAAAAAAUAGAUCAGUGAUCAUGAUGGAUGAAGGAUUUGGUGUUCAAACAGACAAAAAGCUUUAAAUCAAGUUUUGAGGAGUAAUGUGUUUUUGUAUAAAAUGUACAAAUCAAUUUUUUUAUGCAAAUAAGGGAACAUAAGUGAGACUGGUUGAUUGUUUUUAUUCUGAAGUAAGUAUUAAACAGUUAAGACCUUUUGAAUAAAAUUAUGCAGAAACAUGGCAGAUUUGCAAUAAAAAUGGAGGUUUAAACUUG